AUGUACCAAACAAUAGAUUAUGAUGUUGUUAUUAUCGGAGGAGGUUUAUCCGGUAUAACAGCCGCAUUUACUCUUCUAGAAAAAGUCCCCUCAUUAAACGUCCUGAUAUUAGAGGCGAAAGACAACAUUGGAGGUCGAACUCAGAAUGUUAAUUUGCAAGUGAAAAACGGUGAAUUGGCUAGUUUUGAUUUGGGUUGGAGGUGGAUUGAAAGCGAUCACAAAUCUUUAAAAAUCCUCGUUGAUAAACUCGGUUUACAAUUAGUAUCAGUGGACAAAAUAGGCACAAGUGUGAUACAAUACAAAACAUAUUACAUACAGGAGCAUCAUAAAUAUUUGCACAAGUUUUUGAAUGAGUUGGAACGACACGAAUUGAGUCAAUUUGUGACUAAAGUUGAUUAUUUAUGUCAACAAUUAAUUCAGAAAAUUCGCUUAGAGGAAUUUGAUAUUAUUACAACUGGAGCGUUCAUAGAAACACAUAUUAAAAAUGAAGCAGUUAAAGCGGUACUUCAUCAAAUGAUUUUAAGUCAUUUUGGUAUAUCCCCUGAAAAUUUACAACUGGUAACUUAUUUGUUUUUCUGCUGUUAUAUAAAACCGAUAAAUAAGCAACUAUUGAACACAAAGAAAGAAUUCAUUAAAGGUGGUUGCCACAGUAUUUGUGAGUCAAUAAUUAGUAUAAUCGGUCACAAUUGCGUAAAAACAGUAUCAAAAGUUGUAUCACUUAUUCAAAAUGAAGAAUAUGUUAAAGUUAUUACACAGUCUGAAAAAUAUGUAACCAGGCAUGUAAUUAUUGCUGUGCCUCCAAAAGAUUUUUUAAACAUAAAAAUUUACCCAAUUUUGCCUAUAAGAAAAGUUGCAUCAGUGCGAAAUACUAUAUGUGGUCCGAUUACAAACUUCAUAAUCACAUAUCCAAAUGCUUUUUGGUCAGAACGUGGUUUUUGCGGGGAUUACUUCAACUUCGAUCGUGAAUCUUGUAUAAACGCUUGUUUCAAUGUUACAGUAGAUGGGAAAGCGGCUCUUUUCGGACAGAUUUUCGGCAAUAAAGUUUACGAACAAACCGAAGGCACACGCACUAAUUAUAGGUAUAAGCACAUCGUGCUUCAGCAACUGGCACACGUGUUCGGUCGUGCUGCUAAAACACCCAUUGAUUACUGCGAGAAAACUUGGAACGGGACAGACGACUGUUUAAUUUAUACAUGGGGCGUCAAAACUGAGGAAUGUAUUGAAGUUAUACAAAAUACUAAUUUCGACAGAAUCCAUUUUUGUGGGGCAGAAGCUUCAGUAAAGUGGUAUAGUACCAUGAACGGUGCAGUUGAAACAGGAAUAAGAACCGCGCAACAAAUUUUAUAUCUGUUAAGACCCAAUGCUUUAACAUUACUAGAAAUUCAUGAGUUCUGUGCUGCUAUUCCUUUGGAGGUUAUUAUAAAACCGGCUGGUGGAUGGUUUUGGGUGAAUUGGAAAGUUGUAAUUCCUUUAGCUUUAAUUGGUAUUAUUGGUAUUGUUUAUAAAAUAAAAUACCAAGAAGAAUGAAGUAAUGACUAUUGUAUUUAGGUAUACAUAUUUUCUUUAAUUAUUAUACAUUUGUCACA